AUGGCCUCCAAUCUUGAUAUCGUUCAUGAUGCCGACGGCUUCCCCUACAAAGAUCCAACAUCGCAGGGCCUCUACCUGUUUCGUGUAGCCGGCCUUCCAUCGACGCUAGGAUACAUUAUCCCGUCAAUCUUACGCAUCCUAAGGGAGUUUCCAGAAUGGAGCGUUGAUGAACAACAGCGGACUGUAGUGCUUGAAAGUGGCCGGACUGUCGAAGAGCGCAGCGCUGUCAUUCGCAGGACGAUUCUAGCAAUGUGCGAGAAAGAAUGUUUCUCGAUUCUAAAGGGCUGGCGCGACGAGACAUUUCCAGUGUUCGGCCCCGACCAUGAGGUUGUACUUCACAUUGAACGCUGCGCUUGCCCCUUGUUCGGGGUCGUCACCUACGGCGUCCAUGUUAUUGGGUAUAUUCCCGCGCCGGCUGAUGACGGUGAGAUGAAGAUAUGGGUCUCGCGCAGAGCCCGGUCGAAGCAGACAUUCGGUGGAAUGUUGGAUAGCACUGCAGCUGGCGGUGUGGCAUCUGGCGAGACGCCACUGAGCACAAUUCUCCAUGAGUGCGACGAGGAAGCGUCAUUGCCAUCUGACCUUGUGCGCAGGGACGCCAAAGCAGCUGGAGCUAUCACCCACUUCUAUGUUCGCGAUUCGAGGUCGGGAGGGGAGGUAGGAUUACUACAACCGGAAUGCCAAUACGUCUACGAGCUUCCGGUGCCUCCUGAUUUGGUAUGCAAGCCAAAUGAUAACGAGGUGGAGGAGUUUCAGCUUCUGACUGUUAGCGAUAUUAUGGUAGCGUUGGCCAGGAGGGAGUUCAAACCUAACUCCGCUCUGGUGAUGCUUGACUUUAUGAUUAGGCAUGGAGUCGUAACCAGUGAGAACGAGAAGGACUACUUGGAGAUCAUUGCACGGCUUCAUAGACGAUUAGACUUUCCAUUGAGAUAA